UCCUCAGUUUCAUGGAAAGAUGCUGCGCCUACUGAUCCUUCUGGGAGCUUGCAUCCUGGGCUGCCAGGCAGCCUGCAAUACGUGCAACACCAAUGGCGUGUCCUGCAUCUCGGAAACGGAGUUCCAGUUCUGCUCCUCCGCCAGCGAACCCAUCGGAACCCUCUACACCUGCCCCACCGGUUACUACUGCACCGCGAGCACACCCAUUUGCAGCUCGGUGGCAUCUUCGGCAGGCUGCACAGGAUGCAACAAGUGCAGCUCGGAUAAUCGUUUCGCUUGCACCGGUCGCAAUACCUUUGCCCUGUGCCUAGGUGGUUCUACACCCAGUACAUCGAUUGGCGGAAGUUGUGGCACUGAAUACGUAUGCAACGUGGAAAACCCGAAUAUCUGUGGUAGUCCCACCACAUACGCAGUAUCCUGUUCCGGAUCAGGUACGCCAAACUGUGACUCCACGACCAUCACAGAUGCCACCGAGUAUUGUCGAAGCAUUCAAACAGCCGGCAAAUAUCCCUAUGGCCGAGCUACCUCCACCACCUGCAGGCAAUAUGUGAACUGCUACACCGCUGCUGGUAUUUUCUACGGAAAUGUGUACACCUGUCCCGGACUCACCUACUUCGACAGCACCUCCAAACUUUGCACCACCCAAACGCAGGCCAGAUGCUCGGAUACUGUAUCUUGUCUGACUCUGAAUAACCGAGUAUUGCCGUAGAGUGUAGAUUCUCGGGGCAUGCAUGUAUCUGUAUCUUUAUGGUGGUAAUUAUCGCAGGGCGAGGGUAUCUUAAUCAAAUAAAUAACCAAAUAAGUGCAUUAGAAAA